AUGCCUGGACUUCCCUCUUCCGUGGACCUUGACGAGUGCAUCUCGCGCCUUUAUAAAAAGGAACUCCUGGCCGAGUCCGUCAUCGAAGCAAUAUGCGCCAAGACUAAAGAACUUUUGAUGCGCGAGAGCAAUGUCGUCCACGUGCGCGCCCCUGUCACCGUGGUUGGCGACAUUCACGGACAGUUCUACGAUUUAAUUGAGAUAUUCAAGAUUGGUGGUUGGUGUCCUGAUACAAAUUAUCUGUUUCUUGGUGACUAUGUCGACCGCGGCAUGUUCAGCGUGGAAACGAUUUCUCUUCUUGUCUGCUUGAAACUGAGAUACCCCAACCGCGUCCAUUUGAUACGAGGUAACCAUGAGUCACGAGGCGUUACGCAGUCCUAUGGUUUUUAUACAGAGUGCUCCCGCAAGUACGGCAACGCCAAUGUCUGGCAUUACUUCACCGAUAUGUUCGACUUCUUGACCCUGAGUGUUGUUAUCAAUGACCAAAUAUUCUGUGUCCAUGGAGGUCUUUCUCCGUCGAUUCAUUCCAUUGACCAAAUCAAGAUCAUCGACCGCUUCCGCGAGAUACCUCACGAGGGCCCCAUGGCCGAUCUUGUUUGGUCCGACCCAGACCCCGAGCGCGACGAGUUCUCCCUCUCGCCCCGCGGCGCGGGGUACACUUUCGGCGCCCAGGUUGUCCGCAAGUUCCUCGCCGUAAACAACAUGAGCCACAUCCUCCGCGCACAUCAGCUCUGCCAAGAGGGCUUUCAGGUCCUGUAUGGUGACCUGCUAAGCACGGUGUGGAGCGCGCCCAACUAUUGCUAUCGCUGCGGUAACAUGGCCAGCGUGCUUGAGGUCAGCGAUACCGGCGAGCGUUUCUUUAACGUGUUUUCUGCGGCUCCUGAAAAUGACCAGGUCAAGGAGGCGCAGAUGAAUGGCACGUUGGAUAAAGUUGGGGAAAAUGGAUUACCUGACUACUUCUUGUAA